GCUAACUUUGAUAACCUUGGACAUAAAAAGAAUUCAAAAUUUGUAUCAGCUUAAUCAAAAGAAAACGAAAUAUAAAUAAUAUUACCUUUUAGGCCGUAUCAAUUUAGCACGCGAGCGUCCCGUUAGCUUUUUAUCAGUAAACAAGACGAAAAUUUGUAAUAACGCAUAAUUAUAACACGAACACCAUACAAUUGUUUACGGACAAUAACAAAAAUAUACUAACAGUUACCAAUUUACCAAUUACCAAUUUAAACGUUAAUGAACCGGUUCAUCUGAUAACGCACGCAGCAGCAUCAGUAGCGGUAGCAAGCCCAGCAGUCAGACAACAGGUUAGCAUCUGCCAGCGAUCCGUGGAAAGCUUAUCGAUCAUAAUGGAUCUGCCGAUAAUGGCCCAGGUGGAAAGCAUUGCGAACCGUUUCCACUCGGCAUCGCUCUGCGCUCCGUCAGUCGAAACCGGCAGCAUGAGUAACGAAGACGCGAAGGCCCUUGUGGUGCCUGAUUUAAAUAAUAAUAACGUCCCCGCGAAGGAAGCCCUUUCUGAGCCGGGGGAAAUCGAGCAACCCUACGAAAUUCGACCAUUCUAUGAUAAUAAGAGCAUUUUCAUCACCGGUGGAACCGGAUUUUUGGGAAAAGUGCUAAUCGAAAAACUGCUGCGCAGUUGCGACGGAAUAAAACAUAUUUAUGUGCUGCUGCGGCCGAAGCGCGGUCUUUCCAGUGAACAACGCUACCGUGAGUUUGUGAAGCAUCCGGUCUUCGAUAGAAUCCGUUCGAAGAUGCCCUUUGUACUAGAGAAACUGAUAUAUGUUGGAGGCGAUAUUGCGAUGCCUUCUUUGGGCCUCUCGGAGAAGGACAUGCAACGGCUGAUGGAAAACGUCCACAUCGUUUUUCAUGUAGCAGCAACCGUUCGUUUCAACGAAGGCUUGAAAGAAGCUGCGGUACUGAAUACGAUCGGCACUCAACGAAUUCUAGAUUUGUGCGUUAAAAUGUUUCAUCUGCAGAGUGUGGUUCACGUCUCAACUGCCUACAGUAAUCCCUGCAGGAGAGAAGUUGACGAGGUGGUCUAUACACCUACCAUGGAUGCCGAGUCUUUCGUACAAUGCAUCAACAUCUUACCGGGGGACGUGGUCAACGCCCUAGCCGGCAAGCUGCAGGGUUCACAUCCGAACACGUAUACACUCACCAAGUCGAUUGCCGAACAGUUAGUAUCAGACUACAGCAACCGGCUACCGAUAUGCAUUGUGCGACCCUCGAUAGUGACCGGAGCGCUGAAGGAACCCUUUCCGGGUUGGAUCGAUAAUGUCUACGGAAUCACGGGUAUCAUGAUGGAAAUCGGAAGAGGCACCAUAAGCAGCAUAAUGUGCGACCAGAAGUGUGUGAUGGACGUGAUCCCAGUGGAUAUUGUAUGCAACACGUUAAUCGCAGCCGCCUGGGAAAACGCCAUGACCAUAUCCAACCCAAUUCGAGUGUACAACUGCACUUCCGGUUCGGUGAAUCCCAUCAAAUGGUACAGGUAUGGUGAAAUUACCCAAAAAUGGUCCCUGAAAAAUCCAACCAAAUACGUGAUGCUUUACCCGGGCUUCCGCUUUCGAACGAAUCGAACGAUGCACAAGAUAGUGGAGCUGUUUUUGCACCUGCUACCGGCUUAUCUGUUCGAUCUGCUGAUGCGAGCCCAGGGCUCGAAACCGAUUAUGGCCAAAAUUGCAAGACGAUUCCAGAAGGCUGCCGACACGGGAGAAUUUUUCGCAAUGCACGAGUGGAACUUCCGGGUUCCCAAUCUGAAACGGCUGUCGCGGAAGGUUCGACUGGCUCGCGACGGGGAAGAUUUCAACAUGGACAUGAGCGACAUGAGCUGGGAUUCGUAUAUCGAGAAGUACAUGCUGGGCAUUCGGACCUUCGUGCUGAAGGAUGGACUGGACAGUUUGGAGAAGGCCCGAACGAAGCUGCGAAGAUUGUACUGGGUGAAGCGUUUGCUACAGGUUGGGGUGCUGGUUUUUUUGUACUACUUUGUUUUUAAGGGGUUACUUUUUUGACGCUGUGAAGCGCUUGAUGAUAGUAAUGCUGAUAAGUUUCUGUGAAUAAGCAGAUAUGUUACUCUUUUUCUGUAUCAAUAAAAAAACGAUGUUAUCGUAU